AUGAAUGUCAAGAAUGCAUUCUUGAAUAGUGAUCUUCAUGAGGAUGUUUACAUGUCUCCUCCACCACGUAUUGCUCACCGACCAGGUGAAGUUUAUCAGCUUCAAAAAACAUUACGUACAACUAUAUGUCGGAUCCUUCUUUCAUUAUAUGUUAAUGAUAUGAUUUUUACUUGUGAUGAUCAUGAUACGAUUGAAGUUGCAGAAUCUCCAAAAGGUUAUCUUUUAUCUCAUAUGAAGUAUAUCUCAUAUUUUUUUGAACACGCACGACUUUCUGAUAACAAAACAACUGAUACACGUCUAGAAAGUAAUGACAUGUUUUCUCCAACUAACGGUAUUCCAUUGUCAGACCCGACCCUUUAUCGUACCCUUAUGGGGAAUUUGAUCUAUCUUAUAGUCACGAGGGCAGAUGUUGCUCAUGCAAUUCAUGUGGUUCACAAGGCUACUACUAGGUAUUGUAUCUUUCUUGGAUAUUUGUUGAUUUCAUGGAAGAGUAAGCAACAAGAUGUUGUCUCUUGUUCAUCUACAGAAUCCGAGUAUUGA